GGCGUCCUUCGACGACAGUAUCCAGAAAGGCGACCAUUCUCCUGCGUCUCGGCUGAAGGAUAACCACCCAAAAAGUUUCCAGUUCGACUUCUUUUGCUUUUCGUUUCCUCAUCUUCACUUCUUUCGUUUCGUUCGCUUUCGGCCCUUUCUCGCUGCUUUCCCAUCCGGCCUCGAGCGCAGCUUACCACAUGCGCUUGCUUUGAGCCUCAUUUUUUCUUUCUGUGCAAACUAUCAGCCGAGCGAGAAACCCCGAGCCAGCCGCUCCGAGCCAGAAUCGCCCUGUUUCGCGAACAUGUCAACAAAAGGCAGCGUGUCCGCUGGCCUUGAGGAGCCAAAGAAGAAACGCAAUGCGAGCAGAUCUCCGGCUCGCAAGCCCAAUGGCGCAUCCAAGGCGAAGCCUGCGCCGCCCCAGAGCUACAAGUCCGAGGGUGUGGGCGACUACGAUAUAUUCAAUCUACCUAGCUCAGACUGGCAAUUACUGGGCUUGAUCACCCUUGUGGGUGCGGUCGUGAGAUUGUGGAAGAUCACUGAGCCAAGCAGUGUUGUCUUCGACGAGGUUCACUUCGGUGGUUUCGCGUCGAAGUACAUCAAAGGCAAGUUCUUUAUGGACGUACACCCCCCUUUGGCGAAGCUUCUCAUCACACUGGCUGCUUGGCUUGCUGGUUUUGACGGCGAGUUUGACUUCAAGGACAUUGGCAAGGACUAUCUCGAGCCUGGCGUACCGUAUGCGGCAAUUCGUAUGCUACCCGGUGUCUUAGGUGUCCUGACAAUUCCAAUUAUAUUCUUGGCGCUGAAGGCGCGAGGCUGCAGAACGACAACUGCAGCUCUCGGUGCUGGUCUUCUCAUUUUCGAGAAUGGAUUGAUCACACAGUCGCGUCUCAUCCUGCUUGAUUCACCACUCGUCUUUUUCACAGCUCUCACCGACCUCGCUUUCACCUGCUUUACGAACCAGCACGAACAAGGGCCUGAGAAGGCUUUCCAGCCGCGUUGGUGGUUCUGGUUGGCAUUUACAGGUCUGUCGCUAGGAGCGACGGCAAGCGUCAAAUGGGUCGGACUGUUUACGAUUGCCUGGGUCGGUUCUCUCACACUCGUACAAUUAUGGGUCCUGCUUGGUGAUACGACUACGGUGACGCCUCGCCGGUGGUUCAAACACUUCUUUGCGCGUGCUUUCUGCCUGAUCGUGAUUCCUGUUGCUUUCUACAUGGCCAUGUUCGGUAUCCAUUUCUUGUGCUUGGUCAACCCUGGAGAAGGCGAUGGCUUCAUGUCGUCGGAAUUCCAGGCUACUCUCAACGGGAAAAGCAUGCAGAACGUGCCAGCUGAUGUGGCCUUUGGAAGUCGCAUUCAGCUAAGACACCAUAAUACUCAAGGAGGUUAUCUGCAUUCUCACAACCACAUGUAUCCGACCGGGAGCAAGCAGCAGCAGGUGACUCUGUAUCCACACAAGGACGAGAACAAUAUCUGGCUGGUGGAGAACCAGACUCUGCCUGAGGUCGAGCCUAAGGUUGAGGGACCUUUCGCGUGGGACAAUUUGAACGUGACGAAGAUUAAGAACGGCGAUGUGAUUCGUUUAUAUCAUCUUAUGACCCACCGUCGCCUUCAUUCUCACGACCAGAGACCGCCCAUCACUGAAGCUGAUUGGCAGCAAGAAGUAACGGCGUACGGUUAUGAAGGUUUUGAAGGCGAUGCGAACGACUUUUUCCGCGUCGAGAUCGUUCCCAGUAUGUCCGUGGGGAAAGGCAAGGAAUAUCUCCGCACGAUUGAAAGUAAAUUCAAGCUUGUUCACAUUAUGACUGGUUGCGUGCUCUUCUCGCAUAAGGUCAAGCUUCCGGAUUGGGGCUUUGAGCAACAGGAAGUUACCUGCGCCAAGGGCGGCACUCUGCCUAACAGCGUCUGGUAUAUUGAGGGCAAUCAACACCCGAAGAUUGGCCCAGACGCCGAAGUAGUGAACUACAAGAAGCCCAACUUCUUCGCUAAGUUCUGGGAGCUGCAGAAGGUCAUGUGGAGGACAAACGCUGGUUUGGUCGAGUCGCACGCCUGGGAUUCCCGCCCACCUUCAUGGCCAAUCCUCCGUCGAGGCAUCAACUUCUGGGGUAAGGACCACCGCCAGAUCUAUCUCAUCGGUAACAUGUUCACUUGGUGGAGUGUCUCUGCGGCUAUUCUCUUCUACGUUGCGGUCAAGGGUCUAGCUAUCCUCCGCUGGCAGCGGGGCUUCCCUGACUACAAGUACAUUCCAUUCAAGCGAUUUGACUAUGAAGUCGGAACUACAAUCCUCGCCUGGGCCCUGCACUACUUCCCCUUCUACCUCAUGGCCCGUCAGCUGUUCCUGCAUCACUACUUCCCGGCACUGUAUUUCGGCAUCAUCGCCAUGGCUCAAAUUUAUGACUUCAUCUUUGGCCGCUUCAACCUUGGCCCACUUCGUCAACCUGUGGUCCGGCAAACCGUGGCUGUUGCCGCGCUGGCAAUUGCUAUUUUCGUCUACACGCAGUACAUGCCUCUUGCCUACGGCAGCAAAUGGACCAAGGCUGAGUGUCAGAAGGUUAAGCUCUUCGACACGUGGGACUGGGACUGUAACAACUUCCUUGACUCAUACGCGGCGUAUGACAGCCUCCCAAAGACCGUCGACGGGAGCAUCCCAUCAUCCGCAGCACCGAAGGUGGAGGAUGUCAAAAAUGACGCGCAUGUCACGCCACUGAAGGAGCAGCCACAUCCAGUCCCCGUGCAAGGUGCUCCGCAAGGAGGUAAGAUUGUCCACAGAGAAGAGAAGGUUGAAUAUAGGGAUGAGAAUGGGCGGCUGCUUGGACCUGAGGAAGUGGAGGCAUUGAAGGGCAAAGUCAGCUUCCAGACUCGCUACGAGACUCGAACUAGAAUCGUGGACGCGGCUGGCAACGUGCAGUACGAAGGGCCCAUCGAAUCGGCCCCUGCACCUCCUCACCCAGAUGUGGAGGGCAGCAACCCAGAUACCAAGAACGCCGCCGCCGCCCAGGGUGAUGCCAGCAAGCAACCUCCACACGUGCAAGCUGGCUCUGCCAAGGACGAGAAGAGCAUCGCAGAGCAGGAACGAAAGGCCAAGCCCGCCAGCGAACCUAAGAACGAGGCUACGGCCGGUCAGAAAUGAACGCAUCAAAGGCCCCAUGGCAAACACGCAUGCGCACACAACCACUAGGUAUGAGUUAACGUAUAAUAGAAGGGUUUUUUUUUCCUUAUUUUACAACAUCUUGCACCCACACGGGAGGGUUUCUCCCACAACAGCGAGAAGGGAAAAAAACGAAAAGAUUAUAAAAAGGCUACCUAAUUCAUCAGUUUUGUUAAAACUGUAAACCCCUCCACGUAUUGGGAGAGAUCUUUUAUUUGCGGGGCUUCUCCUUCUCUCUUCUUUUGUUACUCUUUUCCUCUUUUUUUGUCACUUAUGUAUCCUGCCCAAACCUGCGCUUUUGGCAGUUUCUUCUUUUUCCGAUCAACGGAUUUGAUUUGUGCUCUGGGCAAUGGUGGAGUCUAGGCAUGUUUAUCGCGGCGAUGUGGUAAGGAAGCGGGAUCUACUUUCGUAUGUAUGAUAUUCUACAUUACGGGUCCGUGUGACGGUUGAAGAGGAGAGGGAUUAAAAAUGUAAGCGUGGGUGUAGGAUUCUUGGGCUUAUGGUAACAGCUCUGGAACUGCAUUCAGAUAGUAAUGCAAUCAAAAAAAAAAAGUUCGCAC